ACUCUUUGUUGCCAGCCAUGCAUGAUCAACGGAGGAUUGAUAUCGCAUCAGAAAUAAAACGGGUUGUCCGUUUCUUGCAUCUUUUUACUUUUAGUCCUGGUAGUCCGUGCACGUCCAGAACCUGCCCGUCGUUGGGAAGGUGUGAAAUCUAGUUGUGUUGCUAGAAAAACAGGUGAUAUCGCGGUGGUAGACGUAGCGUUAUUGUCACAGCUUGUUGACAGUGCAAGUGACUUGGAAUUAUUUACUCACUAGUGCGAGAGCAACUAAACCUCUUUCCAGCCGACAAGGGAACUAACGCAGACCAGUGGCUGACAGGUCUCCUUCGGCACAAGAGUCGUAGUCACUAAUGAUAUUUACCUUCCAGCUCCGGUGUUGAACUGAUCCGGUCGCUGGACUGUGGCGACGACGGCGACGAAGGAUGGCCUCUCCCUCUGUCUUGUACACUGGCUCCGUGCUGACAUGGGCCCAGUUACUUCCGCUGCUGCUGUUUCUCGGAUGGGAUUGUGACGCGAGGUCGGAGGCGUCCAUGUACUCGUAUACAUACACGCCGGACCCCACAGAAUUUUUUCUGCUGUUCAAGUAUCAGCCGGCCGAUACCGCAGUGCGAGUUGGUCAGACAGCGCUGCUGAAGUGUUUGCCAGAUCACCGUAAGCCUGCCGACAUGACUUACAGCUGGUAUCGACUGGGCAGCAACACAUCGCUGAUCGAUUCACAAACAGUAUCUGGAUCAUCAACCGGUGUGUUGCGGCUAAGCAAUGCAACCGUUGCUACUGCUGGCCAGUACUAUUGUAACCUGACAUCAUUCCUCCUCAAUGGAACGGUCACCAGCAUACCUGCAUGGGUCCGCAUCAGUGAACCUGCCCAAAACCUGACCCUAUCACCACAGAAGCUCCGUUGGCCAAACCGUGGGACAAGCGACAGUGUAGCAGUCUUUCAGUGCCAGGCUGAACGGAAGGAGUUUGUAGUCCAGCCAUCUAUCAAGUGGCAGCUGUACUCGGAGGAGACGCACUGGCGGUGGAUGUCCAUUGAUAGACUACUGACUGUGCGCCCACAACUGAAGGACAAAUACGCUACGUUCCAGACAGGAUGGACAACAACGUUACACAUUAUUCGGCCAUCUCUGAGGGAUACGUUCUGCCGUUUGCGCUGUCGAUCCGGGAAAACGCUUAGUCCAGAGGGCAGCUUCCAUGUCUAUGAUGGCGCCCCUAAUGCCAGUUCCACGUUUUCACACAAACCGGAUGAGAAGAUGGUGGCGCGCGCCGGGGAGCGAGUGGUAAUUCCGUGCGCAACGCUCUACCGUGAUCCUGGCUCGAAAAUGACCUGGUACCAACGCUUGGCAUCGGAAGAUUUACUCGUGACAGACGGAAGAAGGAUAUACAACAACAAUGUGUCAUUGAUUGGAGAGAGUAACCUUGUGUUUGAAUCCAUAUCAAUGUCAAUGGCUGGAACAUACAUGUGCAGUACAACUGUGAAUGGAGACCCAGUGUCAGUGGAGACUACUGUUGAAGUCGUAGCUGCUCCAGUAUCGGUGACAAUAUGGGAUAACUACCCAUUCGUCCCACUCAGGAAAGCCCACAUGGUUUGCACGUUCUUAGCCUGGCCUCCAGCCAAGCUGUACUGGUUGAAGAAUGGACGGAGAGUGGAUCUCCGACUACUAAAUGGUGUUACUGUUACGGAGGAGGACAGCUCACCAAGCGACAUCUUUCCAAGACAGCACGAGGCCAUCCAGUACCCACCGUUUGUGUCCAGGCAGGUCGUGCGGCAGCAGGUGACCGUCGUAUUCGAUCAGGCGCUCUGGGAGGACAUCGGCUCGUACCAGUGUGUUGCCGACAAUGGCUAUGGCGUGGCUAGUGUCAUGAAACGUGUCGAUGUAUUGCAUCCUGUUGAUUUUUUUGCCCAUCCUCCAAGCAAUGUGACUGUGCGGAAAGGCGAGAGCUUCACCUUGCCGUGUCCCACAUUCGGCUUGCCAAUGCGGAUCCGAGUUGCCUGGCUGCGUGAUCGCACCGUGCUGGCAGCCAGUGGAAGCUAUGCACAGCAAGUUGAUGUUGACGCCAAGGAGAGAUGGCGCUACGAACUAACACGUCAUGGAUCACUGAAUGUGACGAAUGCGCGGCACUCUGAUUCCGGCAGGUAUCGAUGUGUGGUUGCAAACCUGGAAAAUAGCAUGUUUCAUCAAGUACGCACAGCCAGCCGCUUCAGUUAUGUAGAGGUCACUGGCGAGAGGGCCAAGCCCCGCAUAGAUACGUCUCUUCUUCCUGGGAACAACACCGGUGCUGCUGGAAGUGCGUUCAAACUGGCAUGUGCCACGUCUGGCUUCCCGGAGCCAAACGUGACCUGGUCCUAUGUAGGGUCCAGUGACACGCGGUGCCCGAGUGUGAGGACGUUGAAGGCCAAGCUCCGCAAGCAGAGAAAACAGAGCAAGAGCCCGUCUACCUUCCAGCAAUUCCUCCAUGCUACAAACACACUGUUGGAUCGACCAACGUCGCUGCAUGAUGAUGGUGCUGGCAAUUUGAAGAUUGACUCGUUGGAUUGGUCGCAUACUGGUCGCUACAUGUGUGUAGCUCAUAGUGUGCUGGGUCUUGAUCGUCACUGUGUGGAUCUAAAUGUGGCUGGUGUCCCAGAGAUCACUAACCCGAGCUGGGACAUGGUUCGGUCUCUCGGUGAGGUAGAGCUCACCUUUCGUGCCAGGAACUUCAAGACCAGCUGUGAAGCAACGGGCACUCCUCCGCCAGAGGUCAGGUGGACAUGGGAGUUUAUUCUGAAAAAUGGUUCUACUGUUGGGAAGGGAGCUUCACCGUGGGCCAGGACUAAGACCCUGGGCAACUUGGUCGUCCCUGAGAACAUCCUCUAUGCCAAUCACACGUGCCAUGCUCGGAACCAGCUUGGAGCUACUCAUCGCUCACUUGUUUACAACUUCAACAUCGGUGCCGAGUCUUUGCCACCGGCAAGAGUCAAGGUGACGGGAGAAACAGGUAAAACUGACGUAACUGUUCAUGUAACAACUAAGCCUGCUGACAGAACGGUAGAGCCGAAUGUCAAUGCCAACCACCAGCAAAAUGUAGAUGAUGCAGCAGCUGCAGCAAGUGACUCCAAGACUGAGCGAACUGUGUACAUAGCAGUAGCAGUAGCACUUAUGCUGAUACUACUUAUCGUUGUGGUACUUAUUGUCAUCCUGAAACGCCAAAGGGCAGAGUUAAGGAGAGAAGAUGAAGCCACGAAUUCUGAAGACCUCGGCACACGCACGCAAAAGCAGCGCUGUUCCAGUAGUAGCAGCAGCUCUGGUGAUCGCAAUGCUGGUGCUCACUCGAUCAAGACCUGCUCCACGGGAUGUGCCGACGAUGCCAGCGUCCACAGUGGCGUGCCUCCGCGGCCAACAGGAUUUCCCGACAAUGCUAGCAUCCACAGUGGUGCGCCUCAGCGGCCAGUAUGUCUAUGGUCACCAUCUAAUGAUUCAUCUCCAGUCACACCUCAACCACCAGCUCUGUCUACACCCAAGACACCGAUCUCUGUCACCUUUCUACGCACUGGCGAAGGAGACCAAGGAAGAAGUGGCGAAGGCAUAACGCCAAUAUCGCACAAGAGGUACAGCUUCUUCGACUUCAACGCCAGCUGCAAUCAAUUGCCGGAGACCGAGGAAGACCAAGUAAAUGGGAAUGCUCUGCUUCCACCAUGCCACGCCAAGCAACCUUCAUCGUCCUGGAACGGUGUGGCAUCUCCACUACAGGCAGCAGUGGCAGAAGUCCAAGAGACGUAUGAAGAGAUGAAUCCUCCAGAGGAGUAUAUUCGACAUCGGGCCAGUUUGUCCGCAAACCCACCGCACCGCCAGCGAUCCAGCAGUGGCAUGACUCGAAGAAUGCGCAGCAGCUGUCCGAACUUGCCGACUGGCACGGUCGUGACAACACUGGGUGCAACCGUCAAAACGGAGCAGGAACCCACGAUGCCGUCGGAUCCCAGUGAAACAAGUGAUAUCGGACUGGAAAUGCACGAUGACGAUGUUUUCCAGGAAGACGGAACCGACAUCUGACUUCCACAAAUUACUCCGUCGUCAUCUCGAAAUAUCCCUCGCUGUGCCGCAGUGGAUGCCUUGCCGGAUCAUCUUGAUGAGUAUGGCUGUGCACAGAUGCACAUCUGCAGUGCCAACAGAAUCAACGGAAGAUUAUAUUUCAGAACUAUGGACAACAUAAAAAAUAAAAAAUAAAGUUAGCCUGAUUCGCGCCAAGCCUACAAACCAACCGGCUAUACGCGUUUGUCAACAUAAACGAUAAACACCGGUUUCACUAGUAGUCUAAGAACAAUAUCUAAUGUUCAAUAAAAUCGUCAAACUGUGUUUUCAACUCUCUUUAAAAAAAAAUAAUAUCUCGGUCAAGUAGCAGCAAUGCUUUCAUCAUCUCGCACACAUGGUACAGUGGAGUAAAAAUAAUUCAUCUCUA